CCAAAGAAAAGUGUGAGGCAGAGGCACCACUUAACAUUGUGGUAUAUUACACUAGCUAGUCGCUAGAGUAGUAGCGAUGGCCUCUGCCUCUUGCCUUGGCUUAGUGGUGCUCGUGGCAAUGGCCUCGGCGGCGUCGGCGCAGCUGUCGUCGACGUUCUACGACACGUCUUGCCCCAACGCGCUGGCCACCAUCAAGGCCGGCGUGACGGCCGCCGUGCAAAACGAGGCCCGCAUGGGGGCGUCGCUGGUGCGGCUGCACUUCCACGACUGCUUCGUCGAUGGAUGUGACGGGUCCGUUCUAUUGGCGGACACGGGGAGCUUCAUCGGCGAGCAGGGGGCAGCCCCGAACAACAAUUCCAUUCGAGGCAUGAACGUCAUCGACAACAUCAAGACCCAGGUGGAGGCCGUGUGCAAGCAGACCGUCUCCUGCGCCGACAUCCUCGCCGUCGCCGCCCGUGACUCCGUCGUCGCGCUGGGAGGACCGACGUGGACUGUUCUUCUCGGGAGGAGGGACUCCACCACUGCAAGCAAGACCAACGCGGAAAAUGACCUGCCACCUCCUACCUUCGACCUCCAAAACCUCACCACCUUGUUCGGCAACAAGCAGCUCAGCAUGACAGACAUGGUCGCGCUCUCAGGCGCCCACACGAUCGGGCAAUCGCAGUGCCGGUUCUUCAGGGACAGGAUCUACAACGAGACCAACAUCGACACUACCUUCGCGACAUCUCUCAGAGCCAACUGCCCCCGGUCCGGCGGCGAUAACAGCCUAGCGCCGCUGGACAAUGGCACCCCCAACGGGUUCGACAACGCCUACUACACCAACCUCAUGUCCCAAAAGGGGCUGCUGCACUCGGACCAGGUGCUGUUCAACGGAGGCGGCGCCGACAACACGGUCAGGAGCUUCUCGUCCAGCGCCGCGACGUUCAACAACGCCUUCACGACGGCCAUGAUAAACAUGGGGAACAUCGCGCCCAAGACGGGGACGCAGGGGCAGAUCAGGCUCGUCUGCUCCAAGGUCAACUCCUGAUCUCCGCGCUGGCGCUCUUCUGCUGCGCAUGAACUAAAUAAGGUCUUGGAGACCAGUACCAGCACCUACGGAGUACGUGUGUAGGGUGGGUGAAAAUUGUAUCGGUGCAUGCGUGCGUGUGUCCUCAUGUGUAACGAAUUCUCGUGCAAAGGCAUGGAGGAUUCCUUUCGUUUAUCUCAGUAUGUCAUACUGCGAGAUGAUGAAAAAAUGGCAAAAAUAGAUUCGAACUUGUGACCAA